AUGAAAAAUCUCUAUUCAACAAAACUUAUUUCACAUUCAACUGGUUUUAUAAUACCACUUGGAAUUCUAUUUAUUUUAUUUGGUAUUACAUCAAUUAUUUUAUCAUCUAUUGAUUUAUAUUAUAGUCGUUCAAUAUUAUCAUUUCCAAUAAAAAUUUCAACUUCUAUAAAUGUAACAGAUACAAAAAAUUCAACAAAUUCAACAAAUAUAAUCAAUUCAACAUAUAUAACAAAUACAUUAUUAAAAAGAAUUUUUAUUCCAAAUGCAUUUUCUGAACAAUCAAUAUGGCCAACACUUGGUAAAGGUAUAUGGUGUGGACUUUUUUUUCUUGUUGUUGGCAUUUUUUCAUUAAUUGUUCAUCGUGAAAAAACUUUAAUAUCAAUAAGAAUAUUAUCAUUACUUGCAUUUAUUUCAUUAUUUAUUAGUUUUUUUCUAUUUUUAUCAUCAAUAACUGUAUUUCAACGUUAUAUUGUUGAAGGUCGUUUUAAUUCUUAUAAAAGAACAUCAUAUGAACAAAAAGAAGUUGUAGUUAAUGCUCUUCUUCUUGUUUGUGGAGUUUUAUCUUUUAUUAUUUCAUUAGUAUUAGCUAUUGGUACACUUAUUGCAGGAAAUUUUUGUCAACAACAAUCGGAUGAUUUUGAAGAUAUUGAUUAUUUUAAUCAACAACAACAACAACAACAACAACAACCACCUGCCUAUUCUACACAACCUUAUUAUGGUUAA